GCGGGGGAAGGAGGAGCGGCGGCGGCGGCGGCGGCGGCGGCGGCGGCGGCACGAGAGCAGCGGGAAGGCGGCCGGAGCGGGCUCCUCCGGCGGCUGCAGCCGUGGCCCUUGGGCCAGACUCUCCCGCGCCGCGGAAUCAUGGCAUCUCUAGUCCAUGCUGUGCAGGAGAACGGGCGCAUCGCUGCCGGGCUCCUGCUCAACCUGCUGGUCUCCAUCUGCAUCGUUUUUCUUAACAAAUGGAUCUAUGUGCACUACGGCUUCCCCAACAUGAGUCUGACCCUGGUGCACUUCGUAGUGACCGGGCUGGGCUUGUACAUCUGUCAGAAACUGGACAUUUUUGCCCCCAAAAGUCUGCAGCCCUCCAAGCUGCUGCUGCUGGCCCUCAGCUUCUGCGGCUUUGUGGUCUUCACCAACCUCUCUCUCCAAAACAACACGAUAGGCACCUACCAGUUGGCCAAGGCCAUGACCACCCCUGUGAUCCUAGUCAUCCAGACUCUGUUCUACAAGAAAACCUUCUCCGCCAGAAUACAGCUCACUCUGAUACCCAUAACUUUAGGUGUCAUCCUAAAUUCUUAUUACGAUGUGAAGUUUAAUUUUCUUGGAAUGGUGUUUGCUGCCCUUGGGGUGAUAGUUACAUCUCUUUAUCAAGUGUGGGUAGGAGCCAAACAACAUGAGCUGCAGGUGAACUCCAUGCAGUUGCUAUACUAUCAAGCACCAAUGUCCUCUGCCAUGUUAUUAAUAGUCGUGCCCUUCUUUGAACCUGUAUUUGGGAAAGGAGGAAUCUUUGGUCCCUGGUCAUUUUCUGCCUUGCUUAUGGUUCUGCUAUCUGGGAUAAUAGCCUUUAUGGUAAAUUUAUCCAUAUACUGGAUCAUUGGAAAUACUUCACCAGUCACGUAUAACAUGUUUGGACACUUCAAAUUCUGUAUUACUUUAUUUGGAGGAUAUGUUUUAUUUAAGGAUCCACUGUCAAUUAAUCAGGGACUUGGCAUUUUAUGCACAUUAUUUGGCAUUCUCGCCUAUACUCAUUUUAAACUUAGUGAGCAGGAAGGCAACAGGAGCAAAUUGGUACAGCGUCCUUAAGGGAGUUUUCAUAGAGAAAAUAUAAUUGCCUCAGGCAGUUGAAAAAUGUUGCUAAAUGUGCACUGAUUUUUAAAAUAAUAAAAAAAUUAAUUUCAGAAUCACCACAGUAGAUUCUACUACCAGAAUAUAAAAAUAAAUCAUAUUUUUACAUAUUAAAACUGAUUUUGAAUAUUUAAAUAAUUGCUUGCUCAAAACAAAAGUGGCCUAUAUUAAAUUUUAGAAGUCAUCUUUUUGAUCAUAAAAGAUGACUUCAUCCAAAUAAAUACAUCAAAAUUAAAGUUAUAGUAAAUCUAAAGAAAUUUUUGCCAGUAUCACAUGUAAAUUGUUUUUUGUUUGAACAAACCAUUGAACCAUUAAUGAUACAUCUAUUUUCUAUAGUAUAAAUUUUCAUUUACUAUAGGAUUAUAUAUUAUUGGUAAUUUCUCUUCAAGUGGCAUAUAUAUUAUCACUCUGGCCAAAAACUUAAGAUCCAUAGGAUUUGGUUUAAUUUCAGGAUUCAUUUGGAGAAAUCAAAUUAAGAGUGAAAUAGAUAAGAUGGCAAAGACAAACCAGUCCCAAAUUAAAUUUUUUUGGGGGUGUGAGGAAUAAAUUAAUGCAGAGGGAGGUAAGUUGUUAGGAAACUAAAGCUUUCUUAUUUUGAGUCUUCCUUUGGACCUUUUAAAUAGUAUACCUGGUUCAGUGAAACAAAUGUACUUUUAGAUUCAUAGAAAAGUGCCAACCCAGGCUCUAAGUGAAAAUGGGUAAAAUGAAACCAAGCCAAGAGUUUGUAGUGUUUUCCCAUUUUCCUUGGCAAGCUAAAUAUUAAGCAUUUCAUAGUUGUUUUUGAAGCAACAGAUAAAGAUUGAGAGACUCUAAGAAUGCUCCCUCUCUCUUUGACAUCAGAUAUUAGUGUGAACUAUGCCUAGUCUAACAAAGGUGGCAGAAAGCAUCUGAAGCAGUGAGUUGAAGCAGAAACUGUUCAAAAUCUCAGGAAUAUCUAGAGGGAAAUAAGGAAGAAAGAUUGGAAAGAGUAAUUUGACCUUGAGAAUAAUUUACAUUGAAAUUAUUUUCCAGGACAACUUGUGAUGGACUAAAAAAAAAAAAAAAAAAAACUUUUAAGACAGAAUUUAGAAAGGCCAAUAGAAAGAACAAUUGUUAUUAUAAUAAUGGAGGAGAUAUUGUGUUGUAUACUUAGGAUAGCUUAUUAUGUAUAAUGCUUGAAAUUGGAGUUUAGAUAGAGUAUUUUAAACUAUCAAAGUUUUACAAUGCCUCUAAGACUUUUAGGGCACUUUGUAUAAGGUAGAUGAGAGAUAUUAACUGUCUCUCACAAUAAAAGGAACUGGAUAAUUGUUUUGUUUUUUCCGUAAGAAAAAGCAUUUCUAAGCAUUGUUAUCUGUUUACUUUACUUUUUUUUCCAAUUUUAUGUAAAAAUAAUUUUGAUAUUAAUUUUUUAAAAUUUGAGUUCCAAAUUCUUUCUUUCUCCUCCCCUCUUGCUGAGAUUCCAAUCAAUGUGACAGAGGUUCUAUGUGUUAAACAGUGUUAUUUGUGAGAGGAAGUGUGGCACUGUGGAUGAAGAGCCUUGCCUUAGAGGCAGAAAAGACCUGGUUGGAUAACCUGUUUCUGACCCAUACUAACUAGGGAACAUAGGCAGAUCUCAACCUCUUGGUGUCUAAGGCAAUACUUGGAUUCUGGAUCUACUUCUGAAGAAGUAAAUUGCAUACAAGGAGUUCUCUGCACUGAGGAAAUUUUAAAAAAUUCUUUGUACAUUUUGAGCAGCAGCAGCAGCUUGGUAAGACCAAGGGCUAACUAAAGUUAUAGUCUGUUCACAUUUUGAACUAUCUGACCUCUCUUCAAAUCUAUUUUAAUAGCAUUUCAGCUGCAAGUUUGUUACUGUGUUUAUUUUUGUAUUUGUAUUUUUUUUAAACAUUCUUUGGUUCUUUCCAAUUUAUAGAACUGUUUAACUGUAUUAAGAAUUAUAAAGCAAUUUAUACAGAUCUAUGUUCUGCAUAAGUUUGAAUUUUAACAUGUGCCAUGUUAAAAUAAAAAUAAGCUACUGGCAAGGGUUAUCAGUACAGUAACAAUGAAUUGUAAAUUCUACACUAUAUGCAUUGAUUUGUGCUGUGCACAAACUUUUUAUCAUAAAUAAAUGUGGGGUCAUUUUUAGGGUUAAGCAACGGCAGAAGGGAGGCAGGGUGGGAAGGAACAUGCUAUCUAUAAAUAUAUAAAUAAUAUUAGAAGCAUACAAUGUAAUCUAGAAAAACCACAUGCUCAGAAUGUUUUCUGCACAGAAGAUAAUACAAAUGGCACAAGAUGGAAAAAUGCGCUUGGAAAUCCAACCAACAUUGAAAACAAGCCAGAAAGGCAAUAUGUUUGAAGACACAGUGGACAGAACUCUAAACAUAAAAAACAAGAUCUGCUUUCAAAUCCUGCCUCAAAAACCAGCUAAGUGUGACACUGAGCAAAUAACUUAACCUUUCUGAACCUCAGUUUCUCCAUCUGGAAAAUGGGGAUGAUUGCAUCUAUCUUACAUGGUUGAUGUGAGGAUCAGGUAAGAUAAUAUAUGUAAAAGGUUCUUCAAAUCUUAAAGAUUUAUACAAAUGUGAACUAUUUUUGGAAGAAAACAAAAUUGGUCUUUUGGUUACUAAAAUGAUUAGAGCUUUCUUUAGUCACAAAAUAAGCAGUUUCUAUUUGAUAAGUAAAGCUUGAGGCAUUUACUUUAAUUUGUAGAAAUUAAAUGAUCCCAAGCCCUCUUGUACUUCUAACAGCUUCUGUAAUGCUAAAAGGAAAUGCACGUGUAUAUUUCAUGAUAGUUUGCCUAGGUUACAAAUAUGUCUGGUAUGUUCGAAUACAAUUCUUGUCUUCCUAUUUAAAUAGUAUUUCAGGGAAAAGUAUGUUCAUCUAUCAAAAAAGUAUAUGCCUGGUUGUCAUUUAAAUUGUUGUUAAAAGUUGCCAAAGUUUGGUACCUUAAUAUCAGCAAAUUUGUAUCACUUUUUUUAAAGUAUGGCCUUCCUCAUAUACAUGUCAUGGCCAGCAAUAUAGCAAAGCAGUUAUCAGACCUCUUUUCCAAAGUUAGAGCUGUUUUUAUUGAUAGCAUUAUUUUAAACAAAGAUAAUGUUAUUUUUAACUCUUUGAAUAAAAAUAACUUCCUUUUU